AUGAGCUGUAAAAUGGCAACCGGGAAAGAGACAGAGGAUCUCACACAUGAGCUGACCUGCCCCAUCUGCCUGGAAAUGUUCACCGACCCGGUGUCUCUAGAAUGUGAGCAUCACUUCUGCAGGUCCUGCAUCUCUCAGAGUUGGGACAAGGUCCUGGGAAAUGUUUCCUGCCCCCAGUGUCGGCAGGUCUUCACCCAGAGGAACUUCAGGACCGCUCGGACCCUGGGCAACAUUGUGAAGAAGUUCAGGCUGCUCAAGGUGAAGGUGACACAGCGUGAGAAGGGAUUUUACUGUCAGGAACAUGAGGAGAAGCUGAAAAUGUUCUGUAAAGAAGAGCAGGAAGCAAUCUGUGUGGACUGCUGGAGUUCAGAACAUCAAACUCACAAUGUGAUUACGUUAAAAGAGGCUGCCCAGAUAUACAAGGAAAAAUUAGAAACAUCUUUGGAUUUGUUGGAAAGGAAAAUGAAAGAAGUGACUGAAAACAAAAGGAAAGAAGAGGCAAAGAUGGAAGAACUAAAGGUACAAGCGGAGCAGCUGACGGUCACAAUCAGAGAAGAAUUUGAGAAGAUGCACAAGUUCCUGAAGGAGCAAGAAGAAGCCAUGAGAAAUCAACUGAGGCAAGUAGAAGAAAAUAUAUUAAAGGGAUUGGAGGAAAACGUCAAAGCAAUUAUGGGGGAACUCUCGGCUACUGAGAGAAGAAUCUCAGAGGUACAAACACGACUAAAGAUGACGGAGGCUGCAGAGAUGCUCAAGGGUAUUAAGGACCUUCUCACCAGGUGUGAUGCCCAGCCCCAGCUCCCAGAGGAAGUUAUUGUUGAACUGACGAUGGAAGUGUUCGGUGAGCCCUUCCAGUUUUUCAGAGUGUGGAAGGGGAUGAGGAGAAUAAUCGAGCCAGUUCCGGCAUCCCUCACCUUGGACCCAAACACAGCAAACACCCAACUCAUCAUUUCGCAGAACCUGCUGAGUGUGAAGUACAGCAACGACAGGGAAGACGAGGAGCAAGAUUGUCCUGAUACCCUGGAAAGAUUCAAUGAAUACCUGUAUGUUUUGAGCUCACAGUGUUUCACAUCGGGGAGACACUACUGGGAGGUGGAUCUUAGAAACAAGGUCCAGUGGGUUAUAGGUGUCUGUGGAGAGUCUGCCAACAGGAAGGGAGACAUCUUAGUGGUAUGUACAGAAGGAUACUGGGUCAUAAGUUUGUUUAAUGAGAAUAAUUAUAGAGCAUCAAACUUGGAACAUACCAGCAUUCCUGUUGAAGUGAAGCCUUGGAAGCUGGGAGUUUCCCUGGACUAUGAGGGGGGGCAGGUUACAUUUUACAAUGCUGAUAACAUGUCUCACCUGUACACUUUUACUGACAUAUUCACCGAGAAACUCUAUCCCAUUUUUAGCCCCUGUAAUAACCUAACUGGUAAAAACAGUGAACCACUCACAUUACUCACUGGUUAACAGGCCUCUUGUUUUUCUAUCUUAAAUAUCAAAAGGUGAACUUAGGCAUCAGUCACUCAUUCUGUGCUCCACCUGAAAUUCAGUCUCAUUGGCUUCAAUAGAACUGAAUAUCAGGGGCUGAAUUUUCAUCUGAGGUGGGCAGGCCCUCAGUUUGGCGCCACCAGGCAUUGCGUUGGUUUACCACCACAAACCUGACCUUGAGCCAUUUUCAAAGAGGCAGGGUCAGAGGUCGGAGGUAGCCAAUUUUAAAAUUAUUUAAGGGACUUAUUAAGGCCCUGUUCUUGCACCAGCUGGGACCUCCGGUCGGCAAUGCAGACAGACCACAUUGGCCUGGGUAUGGAACAGCCCAGCCUGGUGGGCUCAGGGCAUGAAGUUGGGGUCGGCAGA